UUUACGACAUGUGACUUUGGGAAAAACGGGUCCCCUCAAUAAUGCAACUUGUUAUUCCCUUCAUAAAAAAAGUCUCUAUGGCUGCUAUUAUUUCCAGUUUAGGCUUGUUCUAGUUCUUGCAAACAGCCUGUCGCCAUGUCUGGUCGUGCAAAGAAAGCUGUCUCCAAAUCGAAGACUUCCACGAGUCGCUCCGUCAGGGCAGGUCUCCAGUUUCCUGUAGGCCGAAUUCACCGUCUGCUGAAGAAGGGACGUUAUACUACCCGCAUUGGUACAGGAGCUGCAGUCUACCUCGCUGCCAUACUGGAGUAUCUCUGCGCUGAAGUCCUGGAGCUUUCGGGUAACGCGGCCCGUGACAAUAAGAAGUCGCGCAUUGCUCCACGGCACAUCCAACUAGCUGUGCGGAACGACGAGGAGCUGAACACGCUGCUGGGUGCGGUCACUAUAUCGGAGGGUGGUGUCCUUCCAAACAUCCAAGCCGUGUUACUCCCCAAGAAGAGCAAGCUACCUAAAGACGACGUCAGCAAUGACGUCCAGUCUCAAGAGUUUUAAAAUGUACCUACAAGCUUUUACCGCAAACUCGUCCCUUUCACCGUUUUCCUUAAUAAAAUAACAUAUUUAAAGAAUGUCUUUACUGUUGGCCAGUUGAUGCACUGCAAUGUCCAGACAUGGCCUAUAUUAAGCUUUAUUUAUUUAAAUAUUUCAUUAGUUCAAUUUCAAACCUCAUAAAUCAGGGUCAAUUCAGGAAGUUCUUUCAAUUCAAUCAUUGACACUUUCAAAAAAUGCUUCUCAGUUUGAGAAGUUGUUACAGAAAUAAUGCCAGUUCACUGGACUAGGAAUUUGAAUUGAGUGACUUCAAUUUGAAUUGACCCCAACCCUGCAAGGAAUGAGGUAGGCCUGCUGGUUUCAUGAGCUAAAACCAAUACCCUGGGAUUGUGUGGUGUUCUGACUGCUCCAACACAUGUGCAUAACUGGGUUCUAGUGACAGUUUUAAAAACUAGGGCAUUGCAGAACUGAAUCGUAAUGGUUUAUUUUUCCACCCAAAAGCCGGUGUAACAGCGUUUUAAAGUAACUUAAGAGCACCCCUCAGCUAGCUUGAAAUGUGGCUGGAGCCAUCCAAUUUUGUAUCCUUUUGUGUGUCUCAACCUGUUUGGACUGUUAAUUAGAGAGGGGUUGUGAUGCAGAGGAGCACUGUUUCGAGCCCAGUAUGGGCCAGUCAGACAAUGGCAAACUCAGCAGCACACUGACCCCUGUUGCACUGGGAUGGGGGAAACAGAAUUUAGAAUAAUAGGAGAAAUUUGCAUCAAUGUUGAGUAACUGGCCCUGGCUUGAUUGUCUCCCUGCGCAUGCUAGCCAGACCUUUUAAACUUUAUAUUGAGCUCCUUUUCAUGUCUAAGAGUGGCUGCCAUUGACUAUUAUAAAUGAAAGCACUUGUCUGUUCACUGUUCAGGUCUGUGUAUUUUGUAUGGGCUUCUCUGUGCUCCUGAGUCUUUGAUCCUAGGGGGUAGGCCUGGCAUGGGGUUGCCUGCGGGCAUUCUGCCCGGGAGGGUUUCACUGAUGAGCAGACCUUCAGCGUGGACAAACACUACAGUACUGCACCAUGAUAAGGAAAACCAGUCAAGGUAACCUGGGUAGACUAGUUAUUGGUACACAAGGUAAAUGCUAUACCAAGUGAGGAGGCAUAUUUUGUAUUUUCUUAUGGCUUAAUAUUCCUUGAAAUCAGGGGCACAACUUUGGUUUAAGAAGUGGGUGGGACAUAUUUUUCACUCCAAACAGCCUACUGCUCGGAGGCAACCGAACGGUCCUAAAGCACACUAUUUCCUUGUUUUGUAUCACAUUCCAAUAAACCUGAGGGGGACAAAAAUGCACUUUCAGAAUGUGGUGGGGGGACGGACAUGUCCCCCCCGUCCCCAGUGAAAUUUGUGCCCGUGCUUGAAAUGUACUAUUAGUGCAAAAUGUUUAUCAAUAGUUAUGUCAGAUGUGAUAUAUUUGUGUA